GCACCCUGGCCUGAGAGGGAAUGGCCCCCGGGGGCCUGAGAACCGAGGCCCUGGUGAGUUGGAGCCCACUCCCAUCGGCACCUAGGCUCUCAACGUGGACGUGAUUCUUUCCACAGUGGACGGGAGUCAGGAAGACCUCAGUUCAAAUCGUGCUUAAAACGCUUAGUAGCUGAAUGACCCCAGACAAUCAGUUAGCCUCUCUGGGCCUCAGUGUCCUCAUCUGUCAAAUGAGGGGUGAACCUAGGGUCCCGGUGGCCGAGGUCAUUGGGGAGUCAGUGACCUUCAAGGAUGUGGCUGUGGACUUCACCCAGGAGGAGUGGGGGCAGCUGGACCCCUCUCAGAGGGAGCUGUACAAGGAGGUCAUGCUGGAGAACUACAGGAACUUGCUGUCCCUGGGGCUUCCCGUUCCCAAACCAGAUGUGAUCUCCCAGCUGGAGCGAGGGGCAGCCCCGGGGAUGCUGGAGAGAGAAGGCCCGAGAGCUUCCUGUCCAGAUUGGGAGACUAGGCCUGAAACCAGUGAGUCUCUUCCAAAGAUGGCCAUUUCUAUGGAUGAAUCUUCGCCAGAGAGACACAGCCCCCAGGACUUCAAAUUGGGAGAAGUCAAGUUAGAAAUGAAGCAGGGAAACCAGGAAAGUGAUUCGGGGCACUUGAAAGUCACCUCCCAGAAAACUCUUCCUAAAGGGCAAAGUGAAGAAUGUCAUAAAUUUGAGAGAAGCUUCAGUCUGGAGUCGUUCAUUUCUCUUCAGCAGAAGGGUCCUGUCAGAGAAAGUCAACAUGAAUGUGAUACAGAUGAAAAGAACUUAAGGCAAUAUUCAAACCUAGUUAAACAUACAGAAAUCAACUCAGGGAACACAUUUUCUAAUUGUAAUGAAUGGGGGAAAUGCUUCAGUUAUCAGUCAGACCUUAUUCAUUUUCAUAGAAAGCCUAAUGGAGAGAGAGCUUAUGAAAAUAAUCAGUGUGAGAAAGUCAUUAGCUGGGGCACAGACCUUAUUGGACACCAGAAGAUUCACACUGGAGAAAAGCCUUAUAAGUGUAAUGAUUGUGGGAAAGCCUUCAGCCAGAGCACAAAACUUAUUUACCAUCAGAAAAUUCAUACUGGUGAGAAACCCCAUAAAUGUAAUGAAUGUGGUAUUUCCUUCAUGCAUCACUCAUCCCUUACUUACCAUCAGAGGUUUCAUACUGGAGAGAAAGCUUAUGAAUGUAAUCAGUGUGGGAAGGCCUUCAGCUGGAGCACAGAUCUUAUUAGACAUCAGAGAAUUCACACUGGAGAGAAGCCUUAUAAAUGUAAUGAAUGUGGGAAGGCCUUUAUCCAGAAUACAAAGCUCAUUUAUCAUCAGAAAAUUCAUACUGGAGAGAAACCCCAUAAAUGUAAUGAAUGUGGUACAGCCUUCAUCCAUCACUCAUCUCUUACCUACCACCAGAGAGUUCAUACUGGAGAGAAACCUUAUGAAUGUAGUCAAUGUGGGAAGGCCUUUAGGCGCAGCACAGACCUGAUUAGACAUCAGAAAAUUCAUACUGGAGAAAAGCCUUAUAAAUGUAAUAUAUGUGGGAAGGACUUCACUCAGAGCUCAUCCCUUACUGUACAUCAGAGAAUUCAUACUGGAGAAAAACCCCACAAAUGUAAUGAAUGUGGCAAGGCUUUCAGUGAACACUCAUCCCUUAUUUGCCAUCAGAGAAUUCAUACUGGAGAGAAAUCUUAUGAAUGCAAUCAGUGUGGGAAGGCCUUCAGGCAGAGUGCAAACCUUACUGUACAUCAGAGAAUUCAUACUGGAGAGAAACCUCAUGAAUGUAAUGAAUGUGGUAAAACCUUCAUCCAACAUUCAUCUCUUAUUUAUCAUCAGAGAAUUCAUACUGGAGAGAAAUCUUAUGAAUGCAGUGAAUGUGGAAAGGCCUUUAGACGGAGUACUGACCUUAUUAGACAUCAAAAAAUUCAUACUGGAGAGAAGCCUUAUAAAUGUAGCGAAUGUGGAAAGGCCUUCAUCCGGAGUUCCUCCCUUUCUGUACAUCAGAGAAUUCAUACUGGAGAGAAACCUUAUGAAUGUAGUCACUGUGGGCAGGCCUUCAGCUGGAGUAGAGACCUUAUCAGACAUCAGAAUAUUCAUACUGGAGAGAAGCCAUUUAAAUGUAAUGAAUGUGGGAAGGCCUUUACCCGUAGCUCUUCCCUUACUGUACAUCAGAGAAAUCAUACUGGAGAGAAGCCUUAUGAAUGUAAUCAAUGUGGGAAGGGCUUCAGCAGGAGCACAGAACUUAUUAGACACCAGAAAAUUCAUACUGGAGAAAAGCCUUAUAAAUGUAAUCAGUGUGGGAAGGCCUUCAGCUGGAGCACAGACCUUAUAAGACAUCAGAAAAUCCAUACUGGAGAGAAGCCUUAUAAAUGUAAUGAAUUCAGUCCAAUUCAGUUUAAUGAACAUUUAUUAGCCUACUUUAUGCAAGGCACCGUGCUAGACACUGGGGAAACAAAAACAGAAAUGAUGCAAUCUCUGACCUCAGUGGGCUUCCAUUCUAUUGGAAGGAACAAUAUGUACACAGAUAACUAAAUACAAUGUAAUUUCUGGGGCUGGGAACAAACUUAGCCACUGAAGAGAUCAGGAAGGGCCUCCUCCAGGAUGUGGUCCUUGAGCUGAGCUUUCAAGAGAGCUAGGCUUUUCAAGAGGGGUCAGUGAGGAGGGAGAGCUUACUAGGCACAGAGACAGGAAAUCGAAGGCUGUGAAUUUGGAACGGUCUUUACACAGAGCAUAAAUCUUACUGUAUGUGAGAGAAUUCAGAGUGCUGUGAAACUCCAUUAAUCAAUACUCCUUCCUUCUUUACCGUGGAAGAAUUCAUCCCAGAGAGUAGUUUCAUGAUUUUGCUGAUUGUGGGAAAGUCUUUCCCCCUUUUUGAAACUGUAUUUUCAAUUGAACAAACAUUUGUUAAAUACAUACUGUUUAUGCACAGAACUUUAUGCUAGAGGCUGGAGUUGACAAGGAAAAUUAGCUGUUCCUGCCCACCAGGGAGCUUACCUUCUACUAGGGAAGGGUCUCUGCAUGUCGUUAAAGAAGAAGACACAAAAGACAAGCGAAUUAAUUUCAAGAUGGAAAGAAAACCAGAUUCCCAGGAGGGAAUCUGGAAAGGCUUCUUAGAGGAAGUGGUAUGCAGACCAUGCUUUGAAAGAAGCUAAGAAAUCUCUUUAUCUGAGGGAAUGAGGAUAGAGUGCAUUCUAGACAGGGGACCCCACUUGUGCAAAGGCAUGCAUUCAGAAUAGAGAAUAUUGUGCAUGCACAACACAUUGCAGGUCAAUUUGUCUGGGAUGGAGCACGUGUGAUGGGGAACAUAAAAUAAGAUUCAGGAGGUAGGUGGGAGCCACAUUGGAGAUGUGGUUCCUCAGUGCUAGAUUGAGGAUUCUCUAUUAAAGAAUUGUGGAUAGCAUUACAGUGACUGUCCAAUUAUACAAACAUCCUGAUAAUGAAUGGGAAGACUCAUAUCGAGAGAGGUGGUGCUGUAUAGUGGAUAGAGAGCUGUACUGGCUUCAGGAAGACCUGAGUUCAUAUCCUGCCCCUGAUGUGGGUACCA